CCUAAGCACUAAGCAGGAGAGUGGAAGGGUUUGGAUGGAAUGAGAAUGCAAUGGUUUGUGAAGUGGAUAGGGUAAAUAACAAUAGAUUUGGUUAAUCGUUGAUGAUAGAAUGGAUUGGAGUAUCAGUGACGUCUUUAGGAAGUCUUGUUUUGGAAUAUUUUUAAAUCGCUCGCGAUAAAUACAGAUAUUUUUUGUGGAUUUUGUGUCUUUUUCUAAUUUAUGCUGAUUUCCUGAAUAAGGUUGCUACAGUUUAAUUUAUUUUAAUUUUUGAUUGAAAGGAAAAUAUAUUCAGUGAAUUGGUGAUUUGUGUAAUAUAGUGUGAUAAAAUAAUAAUUUGGUUUUAAAACUUCCUUAUUUUAUUGCUGGGCUAAGCUACAGGGAAACGGUGUUGACGGUUUGUUAGUUGUAGCCUACAUACAAUGUCUGUCAUGAAGAAACCGAAGCGUAACAUUCGCAGAAGGGAUUUUGAUAAUGAAGAAAAUGAAGGAGACGAAUUAGAAGAAACUCAUAUUCAAAUGAAGAAAGCUAUGUCCAAGUCAUCAGAACAGAAAAUGAAAAAAGAAAAGAAGAAACAUUCAGUUCUUAGUUUUGAAGAGGAAUGGAAUGAUGCUGAUGAUGGGGAGGUUUUUCAAGUGAAGAAGUCUUCUCACAGCAAGAAGAUAAAAAAAAUAUUAGAAAAGGAAAAGGACAGAAAAAAGAAGAAAGAGGACAAAUAUGAUCAGAAUGGGAUGGAAGUAGAUUUGUCUGAAAAUACUAAAAAAAUAACGUUUAGUGAUGAACUCACAAUCAAAAUUCGACAUAAUUUGCCCUUAAAUCCAAUUUUAAAUGGAAGAGAAGCAGAAAUGGCAGAGAAGGACGGAUCAAGUUCUGAAGAUGAAAAAGGCACUGGACACAAAUUUUCUCAUCCUGAUCAUGUCAAACAAGUUUUAAAAAGUGGAAAAAUUCCUGAUGCUGCUAUGAUUCACGCUGCAAGGAAACGGCGUCAACAAGCACGUGAAAUGGGAGAUUUUAUUCCUGUUGAAGAUAAAGAUUCAAAAUAUGACUCGAAAGGUUCCCGUUUAGUGAGAGAAGAUGAAAACGAUAUGUGUGAUGAUGAUAUUCGUAUCAACAUGCAAGUGAAUACUGCUGCAACUGAAUUGGAACGACGGAGAGAGGCAUUUAAUGCUGCAAUAGAACAACAGGGAUCGGAGGAAAGUGACAAAGGAGAAGAAGAAGAGUGGGAAAAACAGCAAAUAAGGAAGGGAGUAACAGGAGCUCAGUUAGCAGCAGCACAGCAGGAGACCAUGUACUACGGUUACACCAUGCCUCAAGUGCCAUCAGACAUGAGUGUGGGAGCAACAGUCAGCAUGGAGCAGACACUCCCAGCAACCCCAGUCAUCCCUGACAUGCACACUGCCUCCCCCCAGUCAGUUGCUAACAGGUUGAAGGAAAGGCUACAAGAGUUAAAAGAAGUUCACAGAAGGCACACCUUGGACAGAGAUGAGAAAGUGAAGGAGUUGGAAGACUUGCGUGCAGAGUGUACAAAGAUAAAAAAGGAGGCUCCAACCCUAGCAGAUCGUUUCCGGUUCUACCAAGAUUUGCGAGGGUAUGUCACUGACUUGGUAGAGUGUCUUGAUGAGAAGGUGGUGAUUAUAUCGGCUAUGGAGCAGAGACUGCUGAGUCUGUACCGACGGCGGGCCUCUGAGCUGACUAGCAGACGACGUCAGGACAUGCGUGAUCAGGCUGAGGAAUUGGCUGUUUCCACCAAAAAUACUGCAACUAAGCGGGAUGAUCUGCAAGUAAGAAGAGCAGCUGAAAGAGAAGGCCGAAGAAUACGUCGAAUGAAGGCGCGGGAAGCAAAAUCCACACAGAAACAUGUAGAGGGUAUGAGCAGUGAUGACGAAAUUACUGAAAUGGAAUCUGCAAUGCUUAGAACUCAGAAAGAACAAAUUGAAAAUGAUGCUCGUCAUGUGUUUGAAGAUGCCCUAGAUGAAUUUUCAACAAUACCUGGGGUUCUACAACGUUUUGACUUGUGGAAACGAACUGAUCGUGAUGCUUAUAGUGAAGCAUAUGUUCAUCUGUGCUUACCUAAAGCAUUAGGACCUCUCAUUAGACUCAAAAUAUUAUUCUGGUCUCCUUUUAAUGAGGGAGGUUUGGAUUUAGAUGAGACAAGAUGGAAUCAACAACUGUUGCUGUACAACAUUAGAGAUAAUGAGACGGAAGAUCUGUUAAGAUCAGACCCUGAUUUAGAGCUUGUUCCAAAAUGUGUUGAAAAAGUAAUCAUUCCAAAGUUAGACCAGCUUGUGGGAGUUCAGUGGGAUCCGAUGUCACGAUCACAAAGCCUAACUCUUGUAAACAUAGUAACUAAACUGCUGCAAGACUACCCCACACUUGGUCCAAACAGCAAAGCAUUCACACUUCUGAUCAACAACAUCGCAGAGAAGAUGAAAGAAGCUGUAGAUAACGAUGUCUUCAUUCCAAUUUAUCCCCGGACGAUAAUGGAUGGACGGAUGAGUGCUUUCUUCCAACGUCAAUUUGCCAGUGCAGUGAAGCUGCUGAGCAACAUUGUGCGAUGGCAGGGUCUACUGAGUGAGGAGAUUAUCUGUGAGAUAGCACUGGACUCUUUGCUCAACCGCUAUCUUCUCAUGGCAAUCAGAAUAUCUGAUGCUACAGAGGCUGCUGUCAAAUGUCACAUGGUCGGAAGUGUAUUACCACGAGUAUGGUUACACGUCGGACACACCCCAUCUCAGCUGAUGCCACUUCUCAAUCAGGUUAAAACAAUAUCUCAACAGCUGGACAUCAAUAAACCACUCAGCAGGGAUGCCUUAGAAAAACUGAGUGGACUACUCAAAGCUGCGCCUUGACCAUCUUUCCCUCAGACACCUGCAUAACAAAGUUAUGUUCUUUGUAAAAAGUGUGAUGUUUUAUUUAUAAGUUUGUACUUCUCAAUGCAUGGAUGUUUUAAUAAUUAUGUAAAUAUUUAUGUAAAUUAUAUUUAUUGUUUUAGUCCCCAUAAAAACAUUUACUGACACCCUUUUGUAGGAUAUUUUUAAUUAAAUAUCUACAACAAUGCAA